AUGCUGAGGUUGCACAGUUUCCAAGGGAUGGUCUCCGAGGACAUCAAGAGAGGCGCUCUGACGAUCACCAACAAGUUUUACACCGAGAUCUGUAGGGCUGUGGGAAAAUCGAGGACAUUGAGGAAGAUCCCGGCGAAGCGUCUGCCGCAGCUUAUGCGCUGUCUCACGAACGUGUUCGUGCAGCAGAUCCUCGGUGUGACGAUGAGAACGAUCGAUUGCUUGAUCAGUAUCAUGAGAGAGGCACGUUUUUGCCCCCGGAUCGAGUUUCAGCUGGUGUGCGAGGACGGCCGGCUUGUCACUCAGCCGGACGUGGAAGAGGUGUUCUCGACAUACCACGAUAUCAUCAGGAGCAUCGAGGCUAUCGCGCAGGAUCUGAUGCCGUUGGAAGAAUGGCUGGACGUCAGGGCGAGGGAGAAAUACAUCAAGAUCACGCUUCCCGACUGGUUCGUGGAGGAGUCUCAUCGCGAGCUGCAGGAUAUAAUGGACGUUCUGUUCCGACCGGUGAACGAGCACGUGGCGCUCGUCUCCGAGGAGUUCGGCGACGUGUGCUCGUCGAGCAGCCGGAGCCGGAUACGCUCGUUGACGUCCAAACAGCCGAACUUUGAAGCGUACCUCUCGUACAUACGCAAGUAUAAAGAUUACCUGAGCAGGACGAGCUCGAUGCUGUCCAGCUUGCCUUACAACGUGGGCAGACUGGAGCAGAUCGGCGCGAAGGAGUCCCUGAGACGGAUCUGCGCCGACGUCGUGAACGUGCUGACCGCGGAGCUCGUGCGUUACCACCGGGACUUCAAUCACUCGAUCUGCACGGACUUCGAGGAGCUGAAAUCCACGGCGCUGGACAUCCCGAAGGACGCGCAGUCGCUGAUACAGUUGGCCGAGUACAUGUCGCACGCUUCGAAGGUGUCGAUGAGGGAAUUAGAGCGGCGGAUACGACGGUCGAUCCGCAUGCUGUGCGAACUCUCGGACAUCACCGUGCUGAGCGACGAGCACGUCGAGCUGAACAAGCGCACCGUGAACUGGCUGGGCGACGUUCAGCCGGUAUUCGCGCAGAACAACACGCUGUGCGAGGCGAUGAAAAGCGAGCUCGAGGAGGAGCUCCAACGGCGGAUCAACGGCUUGAACACGGAGGUGAACGCGACGUUCCCGCAGCUGCUCAUCCUCGACAGCAUGGACGAUAUCGACCGGGUCGGGGAGUACGCGGAGCACUACAAGGAGCUGAUCAAGAGGUACGAGCGCAUGAACGGUGAGAUGCGAGCGAUCAACUCGGAGGAGAGGCUGUUCAAGUUCCCCGAGACGGAGUUCCCGAAGAUCGGCGAGCUGGGGGAGACGAUCGUGCCGUUCCACACGCUGAUACGCACCGUUCACCAGUGGCAGCGGGACAACUCCGUGUGGCUGAACGGGCCGUUCGAGCGGCUGGACGCCACCGUGAUCGAGCGUAAGACCGUGAGCUACCUCGACGAGAUCACGGAGAUGAGCAGGACGAUGAAGUCGCGCAUCAAGAUGGACGUGACGGCGAACAGGUCGUACAAGUUCGCCGGCAUCGCCGACGACCCGGACCCGAUGCAACAGCCGGCGCCGUUGAAGCUCUGCUGGCAAGCGCUGAACAACGUCAACGGCUUCAAAGCGUACCUGCCGCUCGCGGUCUGCAUGUGCAACCCCGCCUUGGAAGCGCGCCAUUGGCGAGAGAUGUCCGCGAUAUGCGGCUUCGACCUCACGCCGAACGCCGGCACGACCCUGAGGAAAAUGAUCGACAUGAACCUGAUGGACAAUAUCGACAAGUACCGGGCGAUCAGUCUGGGCGCCAACAAGGAGCUUCGUCUUCAGCGAGAACUGGCCGAGAUGAUCGCCGAGUGGCGGCCGGUGUCCUUCGAGAUGUCGGCCGACGCGCAGACCGCGGUCUUCGAGCACGCGAGCGACAUCGAGACGCUGCUCUGCGAACACUUCGUCAAGAUCGAAGAGAUGAGGGCGUCCCACUUCGUCGGGCCCGUAUUGCCCGACGUGCUCGGCUUCCUCGCCGUUCUCACGAGGAUUCAGGAGAGCCUCGAUCGGUGGACGCGGAUACAACACCGUAAACUCCAGCUGGACCUGAUAUUCUCGCAUCCGGGCGUCGCGACGCGUCUGCACGGGGAAGCCGCGUUGUAUCGGGAAGCGACGGGGAUUUUGCGAGACGUCGUCGACAGGUUCACGGAGGAUCCGACUUACCGAAGGAUGAGAGAAUCGACGGAUCUACCGGAGAUCUUGAGCGGAGUCAACGAGAAGCUGGAGGAAGCCGGCAAAGGCGUCAGCGAUUACCUGGACCUGAAGAGGCUGUCCUUCCCGAGGUUCUUCUUCCUCGAGAACUCGGAGAUCCGGGAGAUACUGUUCGAGCCUGACCCGGUGAAACGUUUUCAGUGCGUGAAGAAGUGCUUCCCCGGCGUCGAGCGGCUGAAACUCGGCCGCAGGUCCGGCCGCAUUGAACGCGUCGUCGGGCGCUACGGGGAGAGCUUGGGUCUGAAGAACAGCGUUCCGAGGUCCACCGGCGCCGGGAACGAGGAGGAAUGGCUGAUUCGGCUGGAGGAAGAGACGACGGGCGCGGUUCGCGAGGCCAUUCCGCGAUGUCUGCCUCCGCUCGGCGAAGACCCUCUGGCCGCUCGGGACGACGUGCCGAGCGUGGCGGUCGUUUGCGGGCUUCAACUUCACUGGACCUCCUCGGUGGAGGAGUGUCUCGCGUCGUCGAACGCCGCGGCAUUGGGCUGUCUGUCCGCGAGGUACAGCGACUGGAUCGUUUCGACGACGAGCGUGCUGGGGGGCGAUUUAACGCGAAGACACAGAAGCCUGCUGACGUCGUUGAUCGUCAUCUCGUCCGUCCACAAGGACAUCCUCGGUCUACUGCUGGAGAGGAACGUCAGCGAGAAGAGGGAGUUCGAGUGGGCCGCGCAGAUGAGAUAUUACCGUCAGCCGGACACGGAGCUCGUCCGUGUUGCGGUGUUCAACGCGACGAUCGAGUACGGCUACGAAUACCAGCACUACCAGCAGAACAUCGUCAGCACACCGUUGACCGAUCGGUGUUUCCGCACCGUCAUGCAGGCGUACCGUUACCACUUGUACAGCAGCGUCGUAGGUCCGACCGGCACCGGCAAGACGGAGACGAUCAGGAGCCUGGCGAGUGCUCUCGCGAAGCCGUUUUACGUCGUCCACUGCAGCCGUAGCGUCUCUUACGAGUGCGCGGCGCGGCCGUUCAAGGGAGUGAUCUGCCGCGGCGCCUGGCUCUGCCUCGAGAACUUGGACGGGCUGAAGCUCGAGCUGCUGUCGGCGAUCGCUGAGAACCUCGCGCGGAUGAAGCGGGCGGUGUCGGCGAAGCUGAGGACCGUGAGCCUCGACGGCUGCGCCCUGAGCUUGAACGCUUCCGGGAACGUGUGCGUCAGUAUCGAGCCGCGGCGACGCUCCGAGCUGCCGGACAAUCUCAAGGUUCUCUUCCGUUCGGUGUCGAUGAUGGCGCCCGACCUCGGCAGGAUCGCCGAGAUCGAGCUGUCCGCCGGUGGGUUCCUCCGCGCGAGCGACCUGGCGGCGAGAUUGGCGCUCGGUUACAGGCUGUUGUCCGAGCAGCUGGCGGGAAAGGAUCGCUACGACCUCGGCCUGGGCUCGCUGAGGGCCGUCCUCGGCGCCGCGGUCGGCAUGAAACGAAGCCUGCCGCCGGAGCAGGACGAGUGCGCGUUGCUGUUGCGCUCGAUGAUCGACGUGAACAUGCCGCAGUUGCGCGACGCCACCGAUGUCGUCCUCUUCCAGGAUCUGAUGCGAGACAUCUUCCCCGAGAGCGUCGUGCCGCCUUUCGACCAUUCGGCGAUCUCGAGCGCGCUCGAGGACGCGUGCGCCGGAAGAUGCCUGACGCUGCACGAGGUCUUCAAGUUGAAGGCCAUACAGAUCGUCGAGCUGAUGUGCGUCCGUCGCGCUCUCGUGCUCGUCGGCGAGCCCUCGAGCGGAAAGACGGAGAUCCUACGGACGCUCGUCGAGGCGUUGUCGCUGCUGGCCGAUCGUGGAAACGGGAUCGGCGCGACGGUGGAACUCGAGACCGUCCUGCCGGGAGCGGUGGACGGCGACGAGCUGCUCUUCGGACGCCUGUGCGCCGCUGCGUUGCGUCGCUUCGCGGAAGACACCUCGCCGAGUGGUCGCAAGUGGCUGGUGCUCGACGGAGCUCUGAGCGGCGCCUGGCUCGAAAACCUGCACACCGUUCUCGACGGGAACAGGACGCUGCAUCUGGCGUCGGGCGAGCGGCUCCCCGUCACGGAAGCCACGUCCGUGGUCUUCGAGACGGUGGACCUGCUCGAAGCGUCGCCCAGCUUGGUGUCGCGAUGCGGGAUCGUCCACAUCGACGUUCACUCCGUCGGCUGGAGGCCGCACGCCCUGGCUCACCUGGCGAGCCACGGAGUCUACGGCGGCCACGAGGAGACGGUGAGCGCCCUGCUCGACUGGGCGGUGGAUCCGUGCCUGGACUUCCUCAGGGAGAACGCCGGUGUGCCGACGGCUCGCGAAUUACACCUCGUCGUUUCGACGUUGAGCCUGCUGGAGAUGCUGCUGAAGGACGCUUGCGAGGAAGCCACGGAGGAUGACACGGACAAUCACUUCGUCGUGUGGGCCCAGGCCGCCCUGAUCUCGGCCAUUAUUUGGGGCCUGGGUGGGAACUUGGUCGAGGAUUCGCAGGCCCGGUUCGACGCCUUCUGCGCGUCCUUGUGGAACGGCGCGGGACACCCAAAGCCCGAUUGCGUCCGGCACUUGGACCUGCCCACGGAGGGUCUGAUUCAGGAGAACGUCUACGUCUUCCGAGGCGCCGGCAGCUGGCGCUACUGCGCCGACGCGUUGAAGAGCGAGAGGAUCCCCGAGACGCGCAACUUCGGUCAGGCUUACAUCCCCACGAUGAGCAGCGUGAAGUACCACCGAGUGUUCUCGAGGCACAUUCACCACCGGAAGCCUUUCCUCGUGUACGGCGACGUCGCGGUCGGCAAGUCCUGCAUGAUGCGCGAGCUGCUGAGCAACGGGCUGCCGGCAAAUUGUCAGUCGAAUUUCCUGAGCUUCGCCUCGAUGCUGAACGCGAGCAGGGCGCGGAGCUUGCUGCUGGCCAAGCUGAACAAGACGCGACGCGCGAAUUACGAGCCGGGUGGCGGGCGGUACUGCGUGAACUUCGUGGACGACGUGAGCGGAGCCGUGGUGCGGCGGCCGGAGGCGCGCCACGCGCUCGAACUCCUGCGGCAACUCCUCAGCUACGGUUACUGUUACGACGCGAGUUGCGAGUCGACGAAGGUUUUCCUGCGGGACGUCGGGUUCGCGCUCGCAUUCACCACGGGGAGGACCGGCGAGGACGUGCCCCCGAGGCUCCUGAGACACUUCAACAGCUACACGCUCCCGGCCCCGACGACGGACGAUAUAUUCAGGAUCCACUCCGCCAUGUUGCUCGGCAACUUGAAGGGGAAUCUGUUCGCGGCGGACGUGACCGGGACCGUGAACAGCAUGGUGAACGCGACGAUUGGCGUGUACCGCUCCGUGGUGAAGACGCUGCGAGCAGUGCCCGCGAAGCUGUGCUACUUCUUCGACCUGAGAGACGUGUCGAGAGUGAUCGCCGGCUGCAGCCUGAUACAGAAGGAGUCGGUGGAGACGAAGAUCACGUUCAUCCGGCUGUGGGUGCACGAGAUCCUGCGCGUCUUCGGCGACCGCAUGUCGACCGACGAAGACGACAGGGAGUGGCUGUUCCUGAGGACCCGCGACGCCGUCAAGAGCAACUUCAAGGACUCGUACGAGGUGGCGUUCGAUCACCUGCCGAAAUCCGAGGACGCGCGGAUCACGAAGGACAGCUUCGGCGACUUCGUGUUCGGCAAUGUCAUGGACGCGGAGAGGAAGCGGUACGAGGAGAUCAGCUCCAUGGAGGCGCUCAGGAACAAAGUCCUCGCGCAGUUGGACGAGUACAACGCGAGGAAGAAGAGGAAGCUCGACGUCGUCGUGUGCCACUACAUGCUGAGAUCCCUCGUUAAGAUCGCGAGGAUCCUGAGCAUCCCGGGCGGAAGCGUGCUGAUGAUCUCCGGAACGGGAUCCGGCAGGAGGUCCGCCACCGCGCUCGCCGCCUUCGUGCAGCGGCAGAGCCUGUUCGAGGCGACGGCGGAGUCCUGUCGCGACGCGGACGCCUGGAGACGCCAUCUGAGGGGAGUCCUGCGGGAGUGCGGCGCGUUGCGGAGGGACGUGACGUGUUUCAUGAGCGAGCGGCGGAUGAGGGAGGAGCUGUUGGGCGACGUCAGCUGCCUGCUGAGCACCGGAGAGCUGCCGGACCUCUUCACCGCCGAGGACCGGCAGGAUAUAAUCGCGAUGACGCGGCUGCACGCCCAGGCCGGCGAUCGCAACGCCGAGGUGAGCGCGCGCUCGGUGAUGCUGUACUUCGCGGAACAGUGCAGGAGGAGGUUGCACUUCGCGCUCAGCUUCACCCCGGUCAGUGCCGCGCUCAGGGCGUGCCUGCGGGCGCAUCCGAGCCUGGCGAGGCACUGCACGGUGAACUGCUACGAGGAGUGGCCGGAGCAGGCCCUGCUGGAGAUCGCGGUUAGGCACAUGAGACGCGCGAACGUGCGCGAGGAGAUGAAGGCGCGAGCGGCGAGGAUCUGCGUGCGAUUCCACGAGGACGCGAGGCGGAUGAGCUCGAGGUAUCGCGAGACCUUCGGCAGAACGGUCCACGUGACCUUCCCGGGCUUCCUGCACAUGCUGAGGCUGUACACGCGGCUGACCUCGCGGAAGCAGAGGGAGAUCGUCGGGACGCGGAACAGGUACCUGGCGGGCCUGGAGAAGCUGGAACUGGCGGCCGAGCAGGUGGAGCAGAUGAAGGCCACCCUGACGAUCCUCAAGCCCCAAUUGGAGCUGUCCGCUCGGCAGACGGUGAUCAGCAUGAAGGAGGUGGAGGACGAGAACGUCACGGUGGAGCGGGCGACCGGUGUCGUGAAGCAGGAGGAGGAGAUCGCGAACAGGAAGGCGGAGAUCGCGGGCACCCUCAAGUCCGAGUGCGAGGCCGACCUGGCGGUCGCGAUACCCAUCCUCGAGGACGCGGUGCUCGCUCUGAACACGCUGAAGCCGACCGACAUCACGCUGGUGAAGGCGAUGAAGAACCCGCCGGACACGAUCAAGCUGGUGAUGGCGGCGGUCUGCGUUAUGCUGGGCGUCCCGCCGGAUCGCACGAUCGACCCGGUCACCGGCAGGAGGUACACGGACUACUGGGGCCCGAGCAAGCGCGUCCUCGGCGACAUGAACUUCCUGCAGAGCCUCCGGGAUUACGACAAGGACAACAUCGCGCCGGCGGUGAUGCAGGUGAUCAAGAAGACGUACAUGACCGACGUCAGCUUCAUGCCGCGCAUCGUCGCGAAGGCGUCCAGCGCCGCCGAGGGCCUCUGCAAGUGGGUGCGCGCUAUGGUGUCCUACGACGAGGUCGCCAAGGUGGUCGCGCCGAAGAAGAAGAAACUGGCCGAGGCGCAGACCGAGUGCGACGAGGCCGAGGCGUUCCUCAACGAGAAACGGCAGAGCCUGGCCGCGCUGAACGCCAAGCUGGCGGCGUUGAACGACAGUCUGCGCCGGACGUUGCGGAAGAAGCUCAACCUGGAGACGGAAGUGGCCACCUGCACCGGCAAGUUGAUCAAAGCGGAGAAGCUGAUCGCGAGCCUCGGCGGCGAGAAGUACCGUUGGAUGGAGUGCUGCCGUAAUCUUCAGACGAGCUACGACAACCUCGCGGGCGACAUGCUGCUCUCCUGCGGUAUAGUCGCCUACGCGGCGUCCUACAACACCUCCUUCCGCGACCAGGCGCUGGCCGAGUGGAAGGCCGUCGUGGCUACCGCCGGUAUACCGCACGCCGAAACGUACAGCUUCGUGAGCGUCCUAGGCGACGAGACCGAGAUCAAUCGUUGGCAGAGCUGCGGCCUGUCCGAGAACCGCUUCGCGGUCGAGAACGCCGUGAUCCUCAGGAAUUCGGAGCAGUGGUGCCUGUUCAUCGAUUCGCAGAACCAGAUCAACCGGUGGAUCAAGAGGGUCGAGCGGAAGAACGGUCUGAAGGUCGUCAAGCUGACGGACGCCGACUGCAUGACGGUGAUCGAACGGAGCAUCGAGACCGGCGCGCCGGUUCUGCUGGAGAACGUCGGCGAAAGGCUGGAGACCGGCUUGGAGCCGAUUCUCCUGAGGGACACCUACGAGAACGGCGACUCGCGGUGCAUCGACUUCGCGGGUAAGUCGCUGCGGUACUCGCAGGACUUCCGAUUCUACCUCACGACGCGGCUCUCCAACCCGAAUUACACGGCCGACCUUUUCAGCAAGCUGACGAUCAUCGACUUCUCCAUGCCGGACGCGACACUGCGGGACAAGCUGCUGGACAUCGUCGUCUCGAAGGAGAAGCCGGAGCUUCAGGAGAAAUUCGAGACUCUGCGCGUCCAGGACGCCGCGAACAAGAAAGUCCUCCAGCAGCAGGAGGACAACAUCCUCAGCACCCUCUCGUCGACGAGCGCGAACAUCCUGGAGGACGAGAAGGCGAUACGCACGUUGGACUCCUCCAAGAGCCUCACGAUGGAAAUCAUGAGACGGCAGGAAGCGGCCGGAGCGACGGUGAAGGACAUCGGCAGGUUCAGGGACGCGUAUACGCAGCUCGCCGAGCACUGCGCCGAGUUGUUCUGCACGCUGAACGCUCUCUCCAGCCUGAAUCACAUGUACCGCUUCUCCUUCUCCUGGUUCAUCCAGCUGUACGUCAGCUCGAUCGAGACCUCGAGCAGGAGCGUCCUCCUCGAGAAGCGGCUGCGCUUCCUCAAGUCCUCGUUCACCAGGAACCUCCACUCCAGCGUCUGCCGGUCCUUGUUCGACAAGCACAAGCUCCUCUACUCCUUCCUGCUGUGCGUCAAGGUCCUCAUCGACACCGGACGGCUGACGCGCGAGGAGGUGCGAUGCUUCACCUCCUCGGAAGCGGAAGACCUCGAUGGAACCUCAGCGCCGGAAUGGUUGUCGGCGACCGCGUGGCGGCAGAUCCGCGGAUUGAGCUCCAGACUGCCGGCUUUGCGCCAACUCACGAGCGAGUUUCGCUCGAACGGCGCAGCCUGGAGGAAGUAUUGCGAGACGGUGCCGUUCGCGAGCGAUCCGCUGCCGUGGCCCGACCACGGUCUCACGCGCUUCCAGAAGUUGCUGAUCGUCAAGGCGGUGCGGCCCGACAAGAUCGUCGCGGAGGUAAUGCGGCUGAUCGAGGACACCAUGGGCGACGUGUUCGACUCGCACCCGCGCCUCCUCAUGUCCGAGUCGUACGAGGAGUCGAACUGCCGCACGCCGAUCAUACUGAUCCUGCCGAGCUACAGCGCACCCCUGUCGCUGCUCUCGGCGUACGCGAGCGCCAGGGGAUACACCUCCAAGUUCACGUGGCUGUCCAUGGGCGAGGGGCGGUCCGCCGAGGCCGAGGCUCUCAUAGCGCGAGCGCGCAACCACGGCGGAUGGGUGUUCCUGCAGAACUGUCAUCACGCCGGCGACUGGAUACCGCGGCUCGAGCGGAUCUGCGAGGACCUGGCUCCUUCGUCCUCGGACUUCCGGCUAUGGCUCUCGAGCCGCGCCACACCGGACUUCCCCAUCAGCGUCCUGCAGAACAGCGUGAAGAUCGCGUACGACAGCCCGUUGAAGCUGAAGCAGAGCCUGCUGCGAGCGUACCGAUCCGAGCCGGUGAGCGAGCGGCAGUUCUUCGAAGGAUGCCCCGGCAGGGACAAGGAGUUCUCCAGGCUCCUGUACGGGCUCAGCUUCUUCCACGCGGUCGUCCGCGAGAGGAGGCACUUCGGCCCGCAGGGAUGGAAAGUCCCGUACGAUUUCGAGCAGCCGGAUCUCGAGAUGUCCGUCAGGCAGCUGCGGGAUCUGGUCAACGAGCACGCGGCGGGCGUACCGUUCGACGCCCUCCUCUAUCUCGUCGGCGAGUGCAACUACGGCGGCAAGGUGACCGACCUGCCGGAUCUCCGGUGUCUGCGGCACCUGCUGAGCACCUUCUGCGACGCUCCCAGCGUCGGACGCUCGUCCGACGAUCCGACGGAACACUCGGCGCCGCUGAGAUGCGAGUAUCGCGACGUCGUCGCGCACAUCAACGGGAUGCGGCUGGACGCGCCGCCGGCGGCCUUCGCCGUCGACGAGAACGCCCUCGUCGCGAGGGACGCCGCCGCCGGCAGGGAAUUCCUGCGAUCGAUGUCUCUGCUGGGCCGAAUCGCACCGGCGGAUCGGCAGGCCGGCGCGGAGGAUCGGCUGCGGGAGGCGGUCGGCAAGAUCAAACUGCCCGCUCUCUUCGACCUCGGCGAAAUAACGCGAAGCGGACUCGGCUCGCGCGAACCGCUCGAUGCGAUCCUCACUCGCGAAGCUGAACUGAUCAACCGAAUCGUCAUCACCGUCGCGGAGUCUCUGAGCGAUUUGACGUUGGCGUUGAACGGUGACGUCGUCAUGAGCGAUCGCCUGGAGGACUUCUCGAAGGAGAUAUGCAACAACGAGGUCCCGCGUCUCUGGAGAGCGAUCGACGCCGGCAUCGUCACCAGACACCUGUCGAAUUACAUCGACUUGCUUCUGAAGCGAGCGGAUUUCCUGCGAAAUUGGCGCGACAACGGUCCGCCCACGUUCCUCCGCUUCGACGCGUUAUCCUGCUGCAAAAGAUUCCUCUCCGCGGCUCUCCUCACGUUCUCGCGACGUCGCGGUGUACCGGUCGAACGGGUCGCCCCGAAUCUCCGUGUAACGUCGAAGGACGACGAGGAGGAUGCGGACGCGUAUUACAUUCAUGGUUUACGCUUGAUCGGCGCGCGAUGGGACGCGCAGCGGCACGUGCUGACCGAAAGCCGGACGAACGUAUUCUGGUGCGACAUGCCGCCUGUGCGUCUCACGUUCGGUAGGGACGAGGGAAAAGUCGACGAUAACGUUUACGAGUGUCCCGUGUACGUCUCACCGGGGCGGCGAUGCUGCGAAGGGGAGACUGACGGGGAUGAGAUGAGAGGCGCUUACGUUACAAGCGUGUCUCUGGAAAGCGAUGUGUCGCGCGCGCACUGGAUUAAACGUGGCGCAGCACUGUUCUGCCAAGUGGACGAAUAAAGCUUCGGACCCUAUA